GCAACACACCCCUCCCUCCAAUUCAUAAGUACUCGAGUACAAGUACCGAUAGCCUUUUCCUUCUUCCAUCCUCUUCAUUCCUCUCUCCCCCGCACGCUCGCCCACCAUCACGCCCAUCUCCUGGUUCGCACUGCGAAGGUAAAAAAUAAAAAUAAAAAUAAAAGUUCCAAACUCUCCUCACGAUUACGACUGCACCUAAUUAUAACGAUACGAUACGGAUCCACGAGUUAAAAAAAAAAACCCUGAUCAAAAUGCUGGCAAAAACAUCAGACACUCGCUGGGCCGGCUUUCACAUCCUGUUAACCUCCAUCUGCCUAGCCAUCUCCUCGACCGCAACCGCGGGAAUAGCCAUAGCAGAAACAACUCUUACGGUAAACAUUCUCGCUGCGACAACCCUCUCCCUCUCCCUCAUCACCCUCAUCCACUCGCUAGCCGACAUCUUCCUCCUCAAAAGGUCCCACCUGAACCCUGUCUACGCCGUCAGCCUGUACAGUAUCAUCUUCACCUUCUGGCUAGUCCAGACGUCAUGGGAGCUGGUGGAGGUGGUGUACAUAAACAACGGGGCCUACUACGACUACUACAUGGGCCUAUACGGAUGCAGCAUUGGUGACACGCAGUUCUAUCCGUUCUCCGAAGGGUUCGACGUCAAGUGCCCGUUGCCGAAGGGGAGGUUUGGCGUUAGUUGGCUGAUUGUAAUUUUGUACAUCGCCCAGAUAAUAUUCGCCGCUCAGGCGCUCAAGAAGGACCAGAGGAGGAAGUUGGCCAGGUUGAUCGAUGAGAGGAUUUUGGCCUUGGGGAAGGGUGGUGUCGUGCGGAUCAGUGUGGAUGGGAGUAUGUAUGAAGAGUACGCGAAGGAGUCCGCCCUCGGCAACCAGGGGGCUUCGGACUCUGCUCGUGGUGAGGCGUAGACCUUCCCCGAUACAUCGCUUAACGUAUCCAUGAUGUGUGAGCGCGGCGAGGCUGCUAAGUCAAGAGGUGAGGUGGGUUAACGAAGUUACGAUCUGCGCGGGAAGAGUGGAGAUGGAGGUGGGGAGCAAAGGUUCAGUUCAGUUAUCACAAUUUCAUACUCUUAUCUUAGAGCUACUAUCUAUCAAUCAAACUGUCGUCAGUGCCA